AGGGAAGGCGGGGACCGGGCAGGGACUCACCUUCAGGGCUGGACGAGGCUGUAGGAAUCGGCCAUCAGCUCCCUCAUUUAAGAGCCAGGACAACCCGGGCUCAGAGAGGGGAGGCGAGCAGACAGAAUCACAGAGCACGCCGCCGCUGGGAAUCUCCAGGAUUGCCCCCAGUUGGGAAGGGCAAAAGCCAGACCAGGGAUCCGUGCUCCCCCUACUCCCCCUCGAGGCUGACGCCAGGGAAGCCGGUGGGGAGUGAGCAAGGUAUUUCAGGUCAGUAAAUAUUUAUUGACUGCCUAUUAUGUGUAAAGAGCAACACCUUGAAACUGAGAUACAGUGAACAAAACGGACACCCCCCACCCCCACCCCCUUCAUGGAGCUGUUUUAGGAGAAUGUGAGCAACAAUGAGUAAAACUAUUCGUUUUUUUUUAGAUAAGUGAAUCAGGCUUCAUAAGAAUUUGUGUCUUAUUUAUUGUCUCUGGGACCUAGGUUGGUUACUUCUUUGAGUCUCAGUUUCUCCAUCUGUAAAAAUGAGGUGACAAUGACCUGUAUCACAGACUUGUUGGAAGAUUACAGGAGAGGAUGGUGUCAAAUGUCUAGAAGACAGAUUCCUCUCUCCCCUCCCCAAUCCAGACUCUUCCCUCCUGGCAUUCCGGAUGUCUAGGUGGGGCUGUCCAACAUAGCUUUCUGCUACGGCUGGAAAUGCUCUAAUCUGUGCUGUCUAGUAUAGUGACCACUGGCCACAUAUGACUAUUGAGCCCUUAAAAUGUGGCUAGUGUGAUUCAGGAACUGAAUUGUGUGUAUUUACUAUAAAUUUAAAGUUAAGGCUGAGUAGCCAUAUGUGGCUAGUGGCUGUUGAAUUAGACAAUACAGGUUUAGACGGCCUGAGCUACAGGUCCUCUUGAGGAUCGCCUAGACAGAGUCCCUUUCCCCCAUUUUACACAAGAAAGGGUUCAGGACUUGGUCUAUGGGUUUUCUUCUGGCCCAUCUCCAGGGGACGGCGGGGGGGCACUUUGUGGCUCUAGCCCUUCCUUGGAAAAAAGGUCAGGGGUGGCCUGAUGUCUGGGGUACUGGGCCCUGAUGCUUAGGUGAUCGUGUGGAAACCUGUGCAUCCAGAUGUGGGCCCUCCUGCCUAUGCGUGUCCAUCCUACUGCUGCUGGCAGAUCCAGAGUCUGCUGGUUGCUCCUAAGCAGGGCUGUGUGAUCUUGGGCAUUUCCAGCUCCUCUCAGAGCAGCAUAGCUCAGGGCUGACGUUUCCACCCUGACAGGCAUCCGUGGAUUGCUGUGGGCCUGGCGUUGGAAUUUCAUACUGGAAGCUAAUGGGUGUCUGGACUCCAUUGGGGCAGGGGUGGGAACUUUCUACACUCCUCCUCCACAAGCUCUGCUGCUAUGCCUGGGGCCUGGCAUGUCUAGGCGGGUGGCACAGGGCAGCUUCCUGCCUGGGUGAGUGUGGGGUGGAGGUGGUACCAGGCUUCCUGUGGGCAUUCCAGGUGGGGUGUGGGGUUGGAGCCCUUUCUCUUGGUCACUCAACCCCAAGACCCCUGCGCAAGCACCUCCCUGCUUGGAGGCAAGGGGCAGAGCCACCAACUUGCUGAAUUAGCUUAAUCAAGCUCACCCUCCUGGGCUUCAGUUUACGCAUUUGCAAGAUGGAACUGUGAAGAGGACCCACUCUUCACAGUUGAGCCGGCUGGUGCCCAGCACUCAGCCUGGAACCCCCUUUGCUUCCUUUAAAAUGUGCCAUGUCCCAUCUUUUCUGCACAGGCUGCCCGUGUCUUUCUUCUUUGGCACCUUUUUUUUCUCUCUGCCUCAGCUGGGCUGGGCCCUCGGAGAAGGAGGGGGGGUGGGCGGAGUCACAGGCCCGUGAGCGGGUGCUUUCUGCCUGCUUAUUGGCUCUCUGUGAAUCAGAGGCGUGGCCUUUACCUUUUAAUGGGGAAGGCGUCUUCAGCUUUUCUCAGUCUUUGCUGAGCCUUUGUCUGAGUGUGCUCUGCCCCUUUCUUUCUUUCCUCCGCCGCAGCCGUUGCGGUGUCCAGCUGCCAGCUUUCCGCCUGGAUCUCUGUCUCCUCAUUUCUCCAGUCUCCUCAGACAGAAGCCCUCGGGGUAUGUAACAGCCAUGCCUGUGGACACGCUGACUCCGGGAGCCCGAGACACCCCCGCCCUACCUUUCCGCCUACAGACCAAGGUCCCCGGCUACCAGCUACAGCGGCCAGCAGACUGUGGAGCCCGGAAACCUAGUGCUGUAGAGCGCCUGGAGGCCGACAAGGCCAAGUAUGUCAAGAGCCUGCAUGUGGCCAAUACCCGGCAGGAACCUGUGCAGCCCCUGCUGUGCAAACAACCACUCUUCAGCCCUGGAACUCGCCGCACGGUGCUCACGCCUUGCCGCCGAGUCCUGCCUGGCCCCGGCCGCCGGCCCCAGCUGGACCUGGACAUCCUGAGCAGCCUCAUCAACUUGUGUGAUAGUCCUGUGUCCCCUGCUGAGGCCAGCCGUACCCCCGGACGGUCAGAGGGGGCCCGCCAGGCUCCCCCAGCCACCCCCCCACGCCCACCACCCAGUAUUGCUGCAGUCCGCCGAGUGGAUGUCCUUCCCCUGCCGGCGUCACCUGCCCAGCCCUGCCCAUCACCAGGCACUGCCGCCACCUCUAGCCCGGCCCGGCCCCCAGGUUUGCAACGCUCCAAGUCAGACCUGAGUGAGCGCUUCUCCCGGGCAGCAGCUGACCUGGAGAGAUUUUUUAACUUCUGCGGCCUGGACCAGGAGGAGGCACGGGGAUUGGGUGUGGCCCACCUAGCCCGGGCCAACUCAGACAUCGUGUCCCUGGCUGGGCCCAGUGCUGGGCCGGCUAGCUCCGAGGGGGGCUGCUCCCGCCGCAGCUCUGCCACCAUCGAGGAGCUGGCUCGGGAGCGCGUCCCCUAUGGUGUGUCAGUGAUAGAGCGCAACGCCCGUGUGAUCAAAUGGCUGUAUGGGUUGCGACAAGCACGGGAGACUCCAGCAGCUGAGGGCUAGGCCUCCAUGGGACUCGACAUUCGCCACGGGACAGAUCUUAGAGAAGCCAUAGGCCCCUUGACCUCUCCUGCAUCCAUUCCCUGGCUUGGGGCAGACCAGAAGCUGCUGCCUCAUGUGAACUUGCUAUAGAGGCAAAGCCUCAGAGUCUGGACCAGCAUCCGUCUGACAAGGACUGACCUGGAGAGAGUUGGCUCUUGACCUUGGACUACCGCCUACGCUUCACAUGUAGGGUUUUGACAUGGAUGGACCCCUGCUUGUAGGUUUGGAUUUGGGGCACUUAGCCCUUCCCACUGAGAGUGAGGGACCGAGGGAUCUCACCAGAGCUGUCUACCCAGCAGCUCUGUUUCUUUCUUCCUUCCUUGGCCUCUGUCCUUUACUGACUUCCUCUUCCUUACCCAGUGGGCCUUGGUUCCCUGGGAACUCACCCUGGGGUGGGGGUAGGAAGGAGUGGCCUAUCUACAUUUUUCAAGGGGCUUGCCAGCCUGGGCCUAGGUGGGUAGACUACAGAAAGGACUGGUAGGAGUCUGCACUGCUCUGACUUCCCUCCUCUUGGUUAAUAAACACAAAUGCUUGUUUUUCAA